AAAAUUGCUAUUAAACUAUAAGGUUAUUUAUCAUGUCAACCAAACUACUCUUUUUGGAAUAUAAACAAAUACGGUGGUGUUCAACACAACAGAAAAUGAAAGUAAUAGAUACUGUAGAUAAAUUACUUUCAAAUAAUGAACUUAAACAUAAACAUCAUCCAGGUAUAAUGAAACCUAGGCAAAUAGAACAACCUAAGUGGCUUUCAAACACAAUUAAAAAAUUAUUGCAGGAGGAAAAUAUUUCAUCAAAAAUAAUUUAUCCAUUUAGUAUUAAAUUAUCUGCACACCUGAAUGGUCGACAUCCUCCACCAGAACAUGAAGAUAUUCAAUCAAAAAUACAAGAAGUUAAAUCAAGAAUUUAUGAAUCUGAAGAACAGGAGUUAGACAAUGAAGAUUUACUUACAGAUCCAAAAGCUCAAAAGCUUUUGAAAAAUCUUAUAUAUAAUUGGGAACCAGUCCAGUAUAAUAAAUAUGCAAGUAUAGCAUAUUUAAUUAGUCGAAGUAUGCCUGAGUAUAGUGUCUUGUACAAAAUUUUGAAUGAAAUUGUUUAUAACGAUAAAAACUUUACACCAAAGACUUUAUUUGAUUUUGGUUCAGGUGUUGGUACAGUAAUGUGGGCAGCCUCGCAAUUCUGGUCUAAUUCAAUCAAGGAGUAUUACUGUGUUGAUAUUUCUAAACAUAUGAAUGAAUUGUCUGAGUAUCUUAUGGAAAGAAAUACACCGAAAAUUAAAUCACAGUAUAUCUUUUAUCGACAAUUUUUUCCUUCUUCUCCAAUUCCAACUUAUGAUAUUGUAGUAAGUGCAUAUUCUUUAUUGGAAUUACCAAGCCAAAAUUCUCGCCUCGAAAUAAUUUUAAAAUUAUGGAAUAAAACAGCACAAUAUCUAAUUAUUGUAGAACAAGGAACAAAUGUUGGUUUCAAACUCAUCAACGAAGCUCGAGAUUUCAUUCUUAACUAUGCAAAAAAUGCACGUAAUGCACAUGUAUUUUCGCCCUGCCCUCACGAUAUGCAUUGUCCUAGAUAUAUGACAGAUAAUACCCCUUGUAAUUUUGAUACAACUUAUCUAACAUUACCUGUUGGCAAUAAGUCCAUGCACAAACAUGAGCUUUAUUCGUACGUGGUACUUAAAAAGGAUGAACGUUUUGAAGAUAGUUGUAAAUGGCCACGAAUUGUCAGACCAGUACUAAGACGUUCUAAACACGUUAGAUGCCGUUUGUGUACAGCUUCUGGAAAAUUAGAAGAGCAAGUUUUUACUACAUGGAAAAACGGAAAAAAUACGUAUCGUUGUUCAAGGUGUAGUGAAUGGGGUGAUCGUUUACCUUUUGAAAUCAUAAAGGAAAAAGAAAUAGAAAAAGAAAAGGAAAACAAAAUGGAAGGAGAAAUGAAAGAAGAAAACGAAACAACAAUGCAGAUAUGUGUAAAUUUGACUAAUAUAAAAUAA